GUGUGUCUCUGGAUAAAAAACAUCUCCGUUGACAGUAAAGUUGUAGAUUCUGUAGUUCAGAAUGAAGAUCUUGGUUUUUCUGGUCCUCCUGGGUCUACACAGCGCAGCAGCAGGGAUUCACUCUCUGAAGUAUAUCAUCACUGUGUCCUCUCAAGUCCCAAACUUCCCAGAGUUUGUGAUUGUUGCAAUGCUCGAUGAUGUUCAGAUAUAUCACUAUGACAGCAACACCAGGAGACUAGAACCCAAACAGGACUGGAUGAACAGAGUCAUAGAAGAUGAUCCACAGUUCUGGGAGAGCCACACUGCCAGAGGAUUGGGUUACCAUCAGCUCUUCAAAGACUACAUUGAAACUUUAAAGCAGCGCUUCAACCAAACUGGAGGUAUCCAUGUUUUUCAGUGGGUGGGUGGCUGUGAAUGGGAUCAUGAGACUGGAGAGGUUAAUGGAUUCAGACAGGUUGGUUACGAUGGAGAAGACUUCCUGUCGUGGGAUGUGAAGACAAAUACAUGGAUCGCUCCAAAACAACAGGCUGUUAUCACCAAAAACAGUUGGAACAAUGACAAAGCACAGCUAGCAUAUUAUAAGCACACCAUCAACCAGGAGUUACCUUACUGGCUGAAGAUGUUAAUGAACUAUGGGAGGAGCUCUCUGAUGAGAACAGAGCUUCCCUCAGUGUCUCUCCUCCAGAAGACUCCCUCCUCUCCAGUCAGCUGCUUCGCUACAGGUUUCUACCCUGACAGAGCCGAGAUAUUCUGGAGGAAAGAUGGAGAGGAGCUUCAUGAGGACGUGGAACUUGGAGAGAUCCUCCCCAACCAUGAUGGAUCCUUCCAGAUGAGUGUUGAGCUGGACCUUUCAUCAGUCACACCUGAAGACUGGAGGAGGUACGAAUGUGUGUUUCAUCUCUCUGGUGUGAAGGACAACAUCAUCACCAAACUGGAUAAAACAGCAAUUCAGACAAACUGGAGCAAGACUGGUGAUGGAAGAGAUGGAGGUUCUUCAGGUUUCCCUCUUGUUGCUGUUAUUGGAGGUGUUGUUGUACUGCUGCUCCUGGUAGUCGGCAUCACUGGAUACUUCCUCUGGAAGAAGAACAAGAAGGGAAAGGAAGGGUUUAAACCUGCCAGCACUUCUGACAGCAGCUCUGAAAACUCUCAGCAAAUUAAUCUAAAAACCUGAAUAACAAACACACCAACCUGCACACAGUUUACGGAUGAAUCGUCCACUGGAACAAACACAGAUCCCAAAUUCUCCAGUUCAUCUGUAAACUGAAUAAAUUAGUUUUAAUCAUUCAUGUUAUACAUUUACAAUUACAGUUGGAGAGAUACAAUCUGGUAAAUCUAGUUUGUGAUUACUAAGAUUUGUAAAACCAGAUGUGUCAGAAAACCAAAGCAUCAUAGUGCUCUUCAUACAUACACAAUAAUAAAUAAUACACAAUAUCCAUAGUUUUUAUGGUGGUGGGUUUUACCUGGUAAAGUCAAGCAGACACACACACACACACACACACACACACACACACACACACACACACACACACACACACACACACACACACACACACACACACACACACACACACACACACCGUUUCCAGUGAUAUGAAAAUAAUUAUACAGUGAUAAAUGGUUAAAUAAACGCAAUCAAUAUUGUAUUCCAGUUGUGUAAAUAGUUUGGUUUCAGUUAAAAGUUUUAGAUUAAUUAGUAAUAAUGUAUGUGUUUGGUGUUUUAUUAAUUAACAGUUUUUUCCAUAUCCUUCUUUUCCUUAUUGUUAUAUUUUAAUUUAAAUUUGUUUAGUAAAAGGGACAUGGGUGUUCUUUCCCUGAGUUUCUAUAAACAUUUAAGAUUGUGAAUAAUAAUGCUUAAAAUCACUUCCUGUGUUAUUACAGAAGAUAAAUACACAU